AUGACGGCCCGCAGCCAGAAGCGUAAGAGGACACCGAAAGGGGAUCUCCCUCCCGUUGCUCCUCAGCACCUUUGGGGAUCCACCCCGCCUUUUACUCCGGACCGCGGCGGAGGUGCCACCGCGGCGGCGCCCGGCAGGGGGCGCUCCGGAGACCUGCUUCUGCGGCAGCUCGGAGGCAGCGCGAGGCGGGGAUCGGCGUGGCGUGGCGUGGCGUGGCGUGGCGCACUUCGCUCGCACUUCCAGCCAGCGGUGCAGGCCGGAUUCUCGGUGGGCCGGGGAGGCUCCUGGACGCGGAGGAGGAAGGAGAGACCUCCAUCCUCCUCCUUCGAGGUCCCGUCACUUCCCGAGGACGGGGGUGGAGAACUCCAGAGCAAAGAAUCAGGAGAAACAGCGAUGAAAGAGCAACAUUUUGCAGGACUGGAAACAGAAGAAGGAUCAGAAGGAGCAGGAAAACCAACCAGUCUGGUUCAGCCUCUGCAUAUGACAGAGCUGCCACCAUGUGGGGUGUCACAGAAAGUCAAAGUGGAGCCUUUGGUUGGGAUGGAAGAGCACUGGGAAGCACAGUGGCAGGAGUUUCUGAAAACAAUGCAGUCCACUCAUAAUGGAGCAGGACAAGCACUGAUGCUGGAGGCUUCUCCCUGGGAAGACCCCAAGGCCUUCCUGGCUUCCUUCGAGCAGGUGGCCCAAGCCUGCCGGUGGCCCAGAGGAGAGUGGGCGGCCCGUCUCUGGUUGAGGCCGGAGAAACGCACCAAGGAGCAGAUCCUGGAGCUGCUGAUCCUGGAGCAGUUCCUGGCCAGCCUCCCGUCUGACCUCCAGAACUGGAUCCGGGCAGGAGGGCCGGACACGUGUUCCCAGGCGGUGGCCCUGGUGGAGGACUUCCUGAGAAGCCAACAGGACCUCAAGCCAGGCAGGUGGCAGAGGCCGUUAAAGGAGGAGCACGUGGAUUUCUUGGAGCCAGAUGAAGAGGCUACGGGAAGGAGCUUUAAAGACGGCCAACGAAAAGGCAUUGAAAUCCAGUCUCCAAAUGAAGCUAAUUUAUCCCUUUCUUCAGAAGACCAAGGGAUGCUGCUAAAUGGUGAGAGACAGAGUUGCACAGAGCACCCUAAAACGGUUGCAUCUUUGCAAAUCGUCACACGGCACCUCACCCAGCCAAGCCGGGAGACCUUCGCCUGGCAAGUCCUCCAGGAGGACGGUGGGAAUGCAGGUGGUCUGGGUGAUGGGAAGAGAAGUCUGGUGAAGAUGGAGAAUAUUCAGGAUGGAGAAAAGAAGCCGGCAGAGACACAGGGGGUGGUUCCUCUGUUGAGUUUGGGGAAUGUGGCACCAACCGUGGGAAUGCUGUUGGGAAGAAGCCAAUCCCAAAUCCGGCAGUCCAAGGAGAGAGAGAAUGACUGUGCUCGUCAUGCUGGGUGUUGUAUGGCUACCAUCAUCCAAAGUGCUACAAAGCCCACGUGGGAUAAAAUGCCAUCGUUCUCCUGUUAUGGUAGAAAGCAUCGGUACAGAUUAGAACUUGGAAUGGAACAUUCCGGCGAGGAAUACGAAAUAUGCCCCGUAUCAGAGGAAAAUCUGCCCUAUAAUUCAUGUUUUAGUAAGCCAGGAAAAACUGUAACCGCAAAUAGAAGCUAUGAAUUCUCCGAACAUGGGAAAGGGAGCAGUUUGAACAUGUUUCCGACUGGCUGUGCAGAAUGGAAGCCUGAUAGCAGUCCUGGAAGUGGGAAGAAUUUUAGUUACAUGCAGCCACUAAAAAGACCUCAAGACCCUAGAACUGAAGAGAGACUCAAUAAAUGUUCUCAGUGUGGGAAGUGCUUUACUCAGAAGGGAGAUUUGAAGAAUCAUCAACGAAUUCAUACGGGUGAGCAACCGUAUGAAUGCUCUUACUGCGGGAAAUGCUUCAAUCAGAAGGGAAAUUUAAAGACACACCAGAGAAUCCAUACUGGAGAGAAACCCUACAAAUGUUUGCAGUGUGGGAAGUGCUUCAUCCAAGCGGUCCUUUUGAAGAACCAUCAAAGGACUCAUACUGGAGAGAGACCAUACAAAUGUUCUCAGUGUGGGAAGGGUUUCAACCUGGGAGGAGACUUAAAAAAGCAUCAGAGAAUUCAUACGGGAGAGAGACCGUAUAAGUGUUCUCUGUGUGGGAAAGACUUCAGUCAGAUGGGAAAUUUGAAGAAGCACCAGACCAUUCAUACAGGGGAGAGAUGAUAAAAAUGUUCACAGUGCAUAAAAUGCAUGCAUGAGGUAAAGAAUACGAGAAUAAUUUUAAGGCAAAGAAUCCUUGCUCCCAGAGAAUGUUUAAAAUUUUAUAAAUAAUACCAAGAACUUGAAGACUGGCUCAUUUAAACAGUUUCUUUCUUUAAAUUGGUUGUACUCAAAAAUGACUUUAACCCAAGCUUCACUUAGAUGGUCUUAACCCUAAAGCAGUGUUUGUCAAUCUCUGUGACUUUAAGAUGUCUGAACUUCAACUCGCAGAAUUCCCCA